GCACACUCUGGACGUCUCUUAUUGAUUUUUAUACUAAGUUAAUUUUUUAGAUUUUGAUAUUAACAUAAGUGAAAUUAAGUUAAUAAAAGUAUUCGAAGACAUCCAUUUAUAUCUCAUUGAGUGGUUAAAGUUUCAAAUUCGCUCAUAAGCUUAAGUAUAGCUACAAUAUUUACAGCAAGAAUAAUGCCACAUAACAAAUUUAUCUGAAACUUCAAAAUGUACUUGGAAAUAACAAAUUUGUUUUUAUUUUGUCUGAUCUCUUUGGUUGUUGGAGCAGUUAUAAUGCUUAUUGUUCAGUAUUACAUCUUUGUUCGAUUUUUUAAGACUAAUAACAAUGAAGAGCAACCUGCUCAAGAUCCAUGUGAUGGGACUAAAAUAACAAAAUUUAAUUUACCACAAAGCCUUCUUGAAAGUUUUUCAUCACUCACUGAUGACAGUAAAACUGAAAUCAAAAGUGUCAAUUUAGUUCUUCAAUUUUUGUUCUUCGAAUUAAGAUCAUCAAAUCUGGUUCGAAAAUGGUUCUUGAGGAAGCUCUCUAUGGAAUUAGAUGAACUCUUAACUAAAACAACGAUUGGAAAGUUUUUUUCAAAACUUUCGAUCAGUGGACUAGAUCUUGGAAACCAAUUUCCAGAAAUACAAAAUUUAAAAUUAUCAAAAGCUGAACUGCAUCCAGAGGAAGGUUUUAUUGAAAAAUUAGAUAUUUUAAUGAACAUACAGUACAGAGGAGAUUUUCAAUUAAAAAUUGAUGCUGAUAUGGUGCUAGGGAAAAAAGGCAGCCUGUCAAUGAAAGUGAAGCAACUGAGUGGUAAAGCAAGACUCCAAUUUACAAGACAACCGUUUACACACUGGUCUAUCAGCUUCAUUCACGAGCCUCUUGUUGAGCUUGAAAUCGAAUCAAAGAUUCAAGGCCGGCAAAUGCAGCCACAUAUAACAAGUUUGAUUUCAAGUGCUGUUAAGAAAGCAAUAAGACGAAAGCACACAUUGCCAAAUUAUAAAUUGCGUUUUAAACCAUUCUUUAACAGACUGAUUUAUGAUGAAAUUGAUUUGCCAAUGGAAGUAACCGGACGUUUUGAAAUUACUCUUUUAAAGCUUACCCGAUUAAGCCACCCCAGCAAUGUCACCCACAGUUAUGUAACAUUAACUUUAUCACCUUAUAGUUUUAUAACUCUUCAACAAGUAAACGAAGAGAGUUUAGUAAUAUCUCUUGAUAUUGAUGUUCAUAAAGCCAAGAAUCAGCAAAUUGGGAUAAUUUUUAAGCAAACUGAACUUCAAGUCGUCAUCGAGAACAUAUUGCCAAAUACACCUGCAGCUGUAGCUGAAAUAAAGAGAGGUGACAUACUGAUCUCAAUUGAAGGUCGUAAAUUUAAUCAUAUUAAUCAGGUAGCGAAGUUUUUAAAGAGUCUUAACAAAUCCAUCAUUUGUUUCCGUUUGGAACGAGUUGUCGCAGGAUUUAUAAAAAAUGAUGCGAUUAUAGAAGAUAUGGAAGAUGUUUAUGAAGAUUUUAAUAAUAUGAACAUAACUUUCUCGAAAAAUUUGGAUGCUGUUCAGAUUGGUAAUGAAUCUAAAGAAGAAGGUACAAUAACAGCCGAGACGAAUGUUUCAACUACUCCAUUGAGUUCGCCAAAGAAGACUUCUUCAAGAGUUUCAAGCAAUUAUGGUUCACCAAAGAAACAGAAUUUAUAUUUUGAAUCCUUCGGAACUAGUUGCAAUUUUCAGCAACACAUAACCCUCGAAAAAGAAAUCUCUAAUUUUGUUUAUUUCAACGAUUCAACUUCAUUCAUUUUAAAUCCAUCUUGUCUGUAUCUUAAUGUCAGUGUAUUUGGACGGACAUCAAGUCAAGACUCUCUAUUAUUGGGUUUUAUAAACAUUCCUGUUGACAACGUACUUGCAGAGUGUAGCGAAAGCAAUUUAAAUUACGUUGAAAAAUUUAUGUUGAAUCCACCCGAAAUACCAAAAAUUUCUGAGCAUCCGUUAUCCACACAGUCGGGAUUUUGUUCUAGUAUAUGCUAUGGGGAUGCUUCAAUCGAAUUUUCAUGGAAUCAAGAAACGAAUAAUGAUCAAAUUCAAGAAAAGGAAUCAAAAAUGUUUACUCAGACCUUUCAAAAUAAACUGAACAUUGAAUCUGAAACAAAUCGAAAGCAUAAAUUUGUCCGUACACAUUUCAAUCGCUCAACACAAUGCGAUUUCUGUGGAAAAAAGAUAUGGCUGAAAGACGCAGUUCAAUGUGAGGAUUGUUUAAUGAGUUGUCACAAGAAAUGUAUGGUGAAAUCUCAAAAUUCAACUAUAUGUAGUGGUUUGAGUGAAGGUAAAGAAAACGAAUCUCAAACUAUCCAACCUGAAGUACGAAUCACGACAACAGCAAUUGAAGGUGAAGAUUUUGAAUUAGCUGAUGAAGCUGUAGAUAACUAUAAGCUAUCGGGACAUAGACAAUCGUUUAGUGAUUUGGUUUCACAAGGCAUUAAAAGAGUAAAUUCAGCGAACAAUUUAAAUAUAUCUACUAUAGUUUCAUCACUUGCUCAAAAUAGUAAAAGUUUACCACCUACACCUCAACAUACUCCAAGGAAAUUGUCUUUAGUGACACAAAGCAACAAUCCGUUUGCAAAUGUUGUAUAUAAACUUGAACAACUUUCAUCUGAUAUAAAAAUAAUGGAUUCCUAUGAAAUCAAAAACAUUGUGGAGCCAUUACAAGGAUGGGGAACUUUGGAUGACUUAAUGGAACUAGCAAAAACAUCAAGCGAACUUUUAUAUGUUGAGCAUUGUAACGAAGAAAGAAUUAAUAAAAUUAAUCUACUGCUAUCAAAGCUUCGCAUUGCUCUCGACUGUGAAACGAGUUAUCAACAUGAUCGAAAAGGAACAUCGAAAUCAAAUGAGGCCGAUAACAUAUCCUAUGGAAGGGAGAAGGCUGAAGAAACAAUUCAAUUAUUGAGUGUCAUUAUGUUGCAUUUAUGUUCAGGCUUACAGUCAGCGCAAAAUAUAAUGUGAUUGAUAACUCAAUACUUUUAUUUUUAUCGAUAUACAUAAUUAACCUACUCGAUUCCAGAAUAGUUUUAUUUCUUUUUAGUUUUAAUUUUAUUUUGCACGAAAAUUAAUAUAUCUCCAAAACUAUUUAUCAUUUCAUUUCAGCUCAUUAAUUAGAAUAUAAGGUAGAAUUUCUAGAAGAUUACUUUAAAAUAAAUCGACAGAAAUGAUUCGUUAUAGUGAAAAUAAUUUUUUUGAAGAACUUAGUUCACUUUCUUCAAAGUCUUCGAAAUUAUACUAUGGUUCAGGUAUUUUAUAUUAUAAGUUUUUAUAAUUUUGAAUUCACAGUAAACCAAUAUCAAUUAUGAAUCAUUGUUACUCGAUUCAUCUAAAUAUUAUCAUAAAAAUAAUUUGUUUCGUAUCUGAACAUUAACCUAAACAUGAUUUUUAUAUGCAUCAACAUAAGGGUACAUGUUUUAGGAUAGAUAAUCAAAAUAUGUUGACUGAACAUUAAUAAGAUUAAGAAAUAAACGAUUUUUUGUAAUACUUAAUUCCAAAAUGUUGCAUGAAAACAUCACAAAAUGAAGUACGAAAAUAAAAUUGAUUGCUUUUGUUCUGUAUUGAUUGAU